UGACGCUCUUUUCCAGCUGCAGUGUCAUAACACACAGUUCCUCUGAUGAGAGAAGGGCUGCUGACUCCUGCGUUCUCAAUGGAAACACACUGAAAGAUCGUCACAGUGAAGGUUCCCAUCAUGCAGCUGGAGGCUCAGCUGCGUCUGUGUCAGAGCUGUUUGUGGUGCUGUAAGAGUGGACUGCGGCUCUUCUCCCAGAGCUACACACACAAAAAAGCUGUGAACUACUACGACCUUCUGGGAGUCAAGUCUGACGCCUCGUUGGAGGAAAUAAAAAAUGCUUUUUUUGACAAAUCGAAGAAGUUGCACCCAGACAGCGACCCUUCCAACCCGGCGCUGCACAGCCAGUUUGUGGAGCUGAACGAGGCCUACCGGGUCCUGAGCAAGGAGCCCAGCAGGAAGGAGUACGACUUCAAAAUCCAACAGCCGUACAGGGGGAGCCAGGCCUUCAGAUCGACCUCCAGCGCCACCAGCUACAGACCCAGCGCGGGCGCGCAGGACAGCAUUCGCUACUGGGAGCAGUUCCGGCAGUCUCAGGCUCAGGAGACGACGGCGGAGGAGCAGCAGAAGAGGAGGAGGAGGAACUUCCGCCUGGUGGCGUACUGCGUCAUCGCCAUGAUGCUGAGCAUCGGCGCGCACGGCGUCUUCUUCAGGAAACUGGAGGAGGUUCAUAAUAACUUCAUGGAUGAGAAGGACCGAGUCAUCACGGAGAUUUACAACGAAGCCAAAGAGAGGGCGAGGGUCAACGGUUUUAAGAAACAGACUGAGAUCCUGCGGCAGAAACACGCCGAGUUUCAGGAGAAGUACAAAAUCCGCAGCGGAGGAGAGGACAAGUAGGAGCUCCAGCUGCCGGCAGGAGGAAGAGGGAAGGCUGGCUCCGGGUGUGGUUUUAGCAUCUGAAGGUUGUUUAUCUGACCUUGUAAAACAUGUUUCUGCAGUGGUGUUUGUCUGCAGAUCCUGGGUGUAUUUUGGGAGGGUUUGAAAUGAGCACUCUGCACAGCCGUGCCGAGUUAAAUAUCACUGGACUAGAAGUGACCGCCUGAUGGAUUGAUCCUCUAUUUGUUCAGAGGAGCCGUAAUCAGAAAGCACCAAACUGCCUCGAAUGAACUGACAACAAAACUACGUUCCUGUAUUUGUGUUAAUAUUGUAGAACCUGCAGGUCUUCGAAGCAGAUGGAGUCAUGAUGGACAGGCUGUAGAAGUCUUUAAAACGACUCUGACAGGACCUUCUCCUCCGCGUUGAGCCUCAGGCUGUUGAAGGGCGACCGAGGAGGCUGUCGUGUCACAUGCUUCAGGAAAAAGUGGUCGCAAAGAACCACAAGGCACGAUCUUUAAUCAUGUUUCAUAGGAAUCCGCUCACAAUACGGUUUCUCUUGAAUCAUUGAUUACACUGGUCAAACACGUGGACUUCCUCUCCCCCUGCAGGUUCCGCCGCCUCGUCCGUGGUUUCUCCAGUUACUCGAGAGUCUGGGAGAUAAAAUCUCUGGGUACAACCUCGGGAUGUCGUGUUUUAAACAGAAGCUACGAAUGAAAAUUAAUAUUAUAUUUGAACUGGUUGCCACUGAGUGAGUUGUGUAUAACACUGAGGCUUGAAAAAUGUAUACAUGUUGAACAAAGGAAUGUGCAUUACUGGCGUUUGUUUAAACUCCCAGAGCCAAGAUUCACAGUUUUACCUCUCGGUUUGCAGAUGUGAGAAAUGGUUGUCUGUUUUCUGACUGCCUUAUCUGUUCCCUGGAGGGACCUCAGAGAAAGAAACAAUUAAAAUGUUGAAUUCUUCUCAUCA